GAGGUGUAUAACUUAACAGUUAGAUAGGCUAGAGGUAGUUUUGCUUUUCUCUUGUGGAAAAAUUGAAGAGCAUAGCGAGAACAUGGCCCUGUAUAGGAGACAGUGUAACCUGCUCUCAAAGGUGAGCCUGAGUCUUCUCAGGAAAUAAUAUAGCAUAGCCGGUGGAGUUGAGGCCACAAAACAUAAUCAUUACCCUACAAAUUAUUAAGGCAGACUUCGCCAAAAGGUAGCUCGUUUUAGUCAUUGAAAAUGUCACAGAAGUACUCAUAUAACAUCAUACUUUAAGUAUGUAACUAUCUGGUCUACCUUCCAAUGAAAAUAAAUUGCAUAUCCUUAGGUUGAAUUACCAUAUGUGACGGUGGGCAGAUGAUUUUUAAUUCUAUGGAAGUUAUCAAUUACUGUGACACAGCUGAGAAUACUACAUUUUAUUACCAUAUAUUAAGGAGGCCUUUGUAGAGGAAACAUUAAAAUAAGCCCGUGCAGUUUUACUAAGUAUGCUUGUAUUUAUUUGAAUAUUUUCCUUAGCAAAACUAGUGAAAUGAUUAGAAGUCCUGACUCUGGAGUUCGGUGGCCUGGGUUCCAGUCCUGCUUCUGCCACUGACUAGCUGUGUUACCUUGGCCAGGUUGACGUUAGUCUUGGUCUCCUAACUUAAUAUUGGGAUAGUAGCUAUAGCCUACUCCAUGUGAAAGUUUUGGGGAUCAAAUGAAAGAAGGCACAUUGCCUGACCCUGAGUUACUCCACAGGUUACCUGUCAUUAUCAUUCAUGUUAAUAAUAACAUUUUCUUAUUUACCUUGCUUAGAAUUGUAUUCCCAUUGGAGAGCAGCUUCAGUCAGUUUUGGGAAGCACUGGAUACAAGCACAUGAUCGGACUGCAGUCAUCUUCCACUUCAGGAGCCUUCAACAAGUCAUCCUCCACACCUUUCCCUUCCAGAACUGGAUUGACAUCUGGAAACAUGACUGCAGACUUAAAAGCUUACAUUGAUAAAAGUACACAGCCAGCUGGUGGAGGAAAUAUGACAGGCCUCCAAGAGUGCAAAAUUGUGCCACAAAACCAUUCUCUUCCUGAGAAUGAUCUUAAGAAUGCAGUAUCUUCUUUCUUACCAAAGAAAGCAAGUGACAACUCACAUAUACCUAACUCUGAGUUGCUGCCUUUUCUGCAGAAUCUGUGUAGUCAAGUGAACCAUCUCCGUGUGGGACCCAACACCAAGUGGCAGGAAAGCAUCACCAAGCCCGGCGAAGGCACUGUUGGUGUUACGUAAGUAUUUAAGACAAGUGUGGUUUAGA